AUGGCAGACACACAAUAUACAAUUGUUUCACUAAGAGAAUUAAAUACCAAACUUACAGUUGAGAUUAGCAAACUUAGAAAGAAGUAUGCUGAGCUUGAAGCUAAGAAUAUCAAAGUCGAAGUUGAGAAUGCAAAAUUAAAACAAGACAAAGAAGAGGUUGAAGCCAGAUUCUUGAAUCUAGAGCAGAGAGAUAGGGAAAAAACUGAUCUUAUUGCUAAACUGAAACAUGAUGUCUUACUAAUCAAGGAGCAGAGCUUGCAAAACAGGGGCAAUGGAUAUACUGAUAAUGCAUCUGAUGAUGCAGAGUAUCGAACAUCUGAUUCUGAUAUAUACCAAGUAAAGGAUAACCAUUCUUCUAUACCCCCUGAAACAAAUCAUAAUCGUGAAGACACCCCCACAUUUGAUAUAACUGACGAUACUUCAAAUUUCAACGUAUGUCAAGAGACAAAGACUCAGCUGGAGGUUGGUUCACGUCAAUGCUCCACAUCACCAAUUCGUAUAGAAAACAAAUCUUCAGAGAAUAAAGUGAUAAAUGAAUUUCUAGACCUAAAAGAAAAGGAAAGGGUUAGUAAUAUAAUAAGAGAAAAAAAUAGAGAAAAGAAGCUUGGAUCUCAAGAUCCUUUAUCAUAUGAUAAAGAUAUUUCACAAUCUAGUAAAAAUAAAGUACAGAAAUUCAUAGCAGAAGUUUCUAAAAACUCUAGUUCAUCUAUUAGUAAUAGUAAUGCAGACAAUGAUGUGAUACCUACAACUCUAAAUGAAACAGAAAAGUCAAAGACUCGAUGCUUCACAUCAUCUCAAACCAGCAAUAAUAGCUUCACAUUUUUAUACGAAAAACUUUGUAAUGCUAUAAUUCUCGCUGAUCGUAAAAUCCAAGAAGCAAUCUUAUAUUAUUGUAAUUUUGGUAAAACUCUCAUUCAAAGACAUAAUGAAUUAGUAUCAGAAAAACAAGUUGAUCUGGAAUCUAAUGCAGUUAGUAGAAUUUUAAAUAAAGAAGUUCGUGCUCAGCUCCCUGCAAAUAUCUCUGACACACUUUUAUAG